GCUGCAGACUUUUGAGUGACGUGUUCAACCUGAGGCGUGACUGACUGCCCCGCUGCUCGCUUUACCGUCUGAGCGGACCGACUCUCUGAACAAAGGACAGUCUGCGCUGGAAGCGGCGCACCUGCUCCCGUCACCGUGUCGGCCAGUGUAGCGCCUGCCCAGCAAGUCGUGGCUGAAAUAAGUGGCGCGUUUCGAGAGGAGCGGACCGUUUCGUGCUGCGUGAAGGGCGCCAAGAGGUCCAGCGCCUCGCCGUUAGCAGUUAGCAUGGCCAGGAGGAAACAGCACGCGCCUAAGCGCGCGGCAGCCUAUGAAUUGGAGGAGGUUAAGGAGCCUGACAUGCAAAGUGAAGUCAUGGAAAGACAGCACUCAACAGCUAGGGGGAAACCACUGGUCAACAAUGAUUACUAUAGAGAGGAGUAUCUCUUCCAAAAUUCAAAAGAAGAAGGCUGCACCUCUGCUGCUGAUUUUUUACAGAAGGACAGUGAAUCACCCAAUUUUGAGUCAAAUAAACCCACUUCUGAUUCUGAAAGCACUUCUAUCAAAAAUAAAGAUGAAACUAUGAAAGACAGUCAUAACAGGGGAUCUGAAAGGUCGGUGUGGGGGUCAGAUAGUUUGGAACAGAUAAAGGCCAUUUAUAAAAGUUUUCUCUCUAACUCUUAUUGGUCCUCACUGAGUCUGAACCCUUCUCAACCAUGUGCAGAGAAAACAUCAGACACUAGCAGCUGCAGUAGCAGCAGCAACAGCAGCCCUGGAGGCGAGUGCUUUGACUGGCACCAGUCUGCAAUCGCAAAGACCUUGCAACAGGUUUCUGAAAAACAACUUCAUCCAGCAAUGGAGCCAAGUCUUUUUAGCACUGUUCAGCUCUACCGCCAAAGUGCAAAACUUUAUGGGUCUAUUUUUACUGGUGCAAGCAAGUUCCAUUGCAAAAGCUGUAGUGCAUCUUAUGACACGCUGGUUGAUCUUACAGUUCACAUGAGCGACACUGGACACUAUCGAGAUGACAACCAUGAGAGGGCUGGAAAAGAUGCGAAGACUUGGUCCAAGCCACGAAAACGUUCUUUACUUGAAAUGGAGGGCAAGGAGGAUGCCCAGAAGGUUCUCCGUUGUAUGUACUGUGGGCACUCUUUUGAGUCCUUGCAAGAUCUCAGUGUGCAUAUGAUCAAAACUAAACACUACCAAAAAGUGCCUCUGAAAGAACCUGGAACAUCCAUUGGCAGUAAAAUGAUCUCUUCUUUUAAAAAAAGAGUACCCGUGGAAGUAGACAUAACUAAAGUGAAUGGUGCAGAGCAGAAAAGAUCUUAUAAAGGGACUCAGGUAAAUGAUAAUCUUCCCAACGUUUCUGAUAUUAAUAAGAAGGAUGUUCUUGCAGACCACAAUGGGGUGACCGGUGCCUUUCAGCUAAAAUCUCAGAUUUUGAGAUGCACAGAGUGCAGAAGUUCCUAUGAAUCUUUACACCAGUUAACUGCCCACAUUAUGCUGACGGGUCACUUUGUCAGAGCCAGCAACUCUCUUCAAACAACAGACAAAUGCCUUUCGGAACAGCCACUCUUGCCUACUAAAGUUAAAAUGAGUGAUGAGAAGAUCCAAACAGAGACACAAAACCCGUCUGCAUCUUCACCAACUGGAACCGCACAUGAGACACCAUGUUCCCCUUCUCCUGUUCAAAACAAUGCUAAGGAUGAAAUUCAGGGGGAGGUAUUACUGAAAGAAGACCUUUGCAGAGAAGCAACUAUUGAGAAUGAUGCAGGUGAGAGAUAUAAUAUAUCUUCAAAAUGUGAUUACCUUACUGAGGAAGAUCUGAAAGAGAGUCCAAAAGUGAACCUUGAUAUCCUCAAGUCAUUGGAGAACACUGUUACUUCUGCAAUCAACAAAGCACAAAAAGGUACACCAACCUGGGGAGGAUACCAGAGCAUUCAUGCUGCUUAUCAGUUACAAAAUAACAUGAGGCCUUCACUCUAUAACCCAGGACGUGUUUCCUCCAUAAAACAACUGGUGCAUGGUAUGGAAGUUCAGUCCUCAGAUAAAUGUAAACUAAUCAUCUCUCCAACCCCCCCACAGAGAGCUCCUUCACCCACAGUGAACCUGCAUGCGAUGGAGGAGUUGGUGAAGAAGGUAACAGAUAGGGUUGUUGAGGAACAGAAGAAAAAUACUGAUGAGCAUGUUUUUUUACAAAGGCAGUUCAUAACCUCACCCUCUACGAAUGCUGAUAGGAAAUCAUCAGCAUCCAGUUCACCAAUAGUUGAGAGUCAUGAAACACUAAGUAAUACAGAUAGUAAGGUUGCUGACCCUGAAAAUAACGCAGACGAGAAGAGUUCAAUAAAAUGUACAGACAGUUUUGCACAGCCCUCUGCCUCUUCUUUAUCAUUGUGUGAUGAUAAUGCUGUAAUAACCAGUCACCCAGAGCCAAAACAACCCUUUGUUAGUCCUUUGAAUGCCCUUCAGUCAGUAAUGAAUCUUCAUUUAGGUAAAGCAGCUAAACCUGUAAAGCCAGUCCAGGACCCUAUGAGUAUGCUUCUCAAGAUGAGCAACACCAUGGCAGAGAGGGCUGCAGUGGCGGCACCUCCAAUACCAAGCUCAAAACUGGAGCCACUAAAUCCAGAUUUUCAUCAGCUUGACAAAGACCAACCAAUAGAUUUAUCCAAAGGCAAAAAGAGGCAGUGUUUAGCGACUGCUUCUCUCCCAGGAAAAGUACUGAACUCUUGUUUGCCUGGUUUGACCAGAACUGACUUAUCAAAUAUACUGUGCACUCCAGGCAGCCCAGUGCAUGAGAGUGCCCUCUCAGACAUAUCCGACAUGCUGCGGAACUUGUCAGACGGUCACAUCUCAAAACCCCCAACACCUUCCCAUAAAGUAGAGCGGUCAGAGAUUGAAGGUGCACACACCCCAGAUGAGGGCGACGAUGCAUCCGUGGUUCACAAACGGAAGGGCAGGCAAUCACAUUGGAAUCCUCAACAUUUGCUGAUUCUGCAGGCCCAGUUCACAUCCUGCCUUAGGCAGACAGCUGACGGAAAGUAUGUCAUAUCAGACUUGAGCCCCCAAGAAAGGAUGGUCAUCUCGCGCGUUACAGGUCUUUCCAUGACAACCAUCAGCCACUGGCUAGCCAAUGUGAAAUAUCAGUUGAGACGAACAGGUAGGACCAAGUUUCUGAAAAAUGUUGACUCUGGUCACCCGGUUUUCUUCUGUAGUGAAUGUGCCAUACAAAUCCAGUCUCGGUCAACAUACCUCUGUCACCUUGAGUCACAUCUCGGCUUUCGAAUGCGGGACUUGGCAAAGUUUUCUUGUGAGAACAUGAGCAAGAAGAUUCCAAGACAUUCAAAGGACUUAUCCCAAAAACAUGUUGUGCCUCCCCUCUCACCUGCUACAGGUCCAGAACAGUUGUAUCCAGUGUAAGCACCGUAUAUAGUAGCAUGACAAAAUGCAUUAAAUUUAAGGAAAGUAGCUUAUAAAAACUGAAAAACAUGAAAUGUGAUCUGUGUAAUUUGUACAGAAUAUAUAUUGUAGUUUGACAAAAAGAAACACAAAAAUGUGUGUUAUAAUGUGAAAGAUCUCAAUCAUCUGGUAUGAUUUCUGUCCCUCAAGAUUUCUUUAUGAAAAAUGAGGCUUUCAGUUCUGCUUCUAAGGAAACUAGCACCAUAGUAGACAUUUUAUGAAAUGUAAGGAGACGUCUUUCUUGAUAUAAUAUUUAUUCUGUUUUUACUUUUUUUUUAAUCUCUUCUUCGUGAUUUUUUUUGGUUGAGAUGAGAUUUUGGUAGAGAUGAGAUUUUAGUAUGUGCAGGGCUACUUUCAUUAUUUUCAAAUGACUAGUCAUAUUUUUAUUUAUUUAUUUGGGAAUAUUUUUGUCAGCAGUUAUGUUAUCCAUCUUAUUUGUUACUGUGCAACAUUUUGUAAUCUUUAGAAAAUUUGUACAGGGCAAAGCCACAAGGUCAUUAAAAUUUGCUGAUUGUGUAUCUGGCGUAUUUGCAUAAUUUUGCAGCACAGAAUAAAACAUCCUACAGUAUGUUAUUAGUAGUUAAUGUUAGCUUUCUGAGCGUAAUUAUACUAGUGUGUAUAACUCUACCUAUAUUUCCACUGCAGAAUUAAAUUCAGUAAUAUUCCCAAAGCAAACAAUUCACUAUUCUUUUUCAUUUUUUUAAUCACUGAAUGUAUAAAUAACAUAGCAUGACAUUAUUUCUGGAUUGUAAAU